UAUUUAGAGAAUUUGAGACCCACCUUUGCGUCGAGCUUCGCGUUUUUGUUUACAUCUCAGUUUACAUUCUACAAGCCGUUCAAGUUGAGCAAGAUGGUUGACAUCCUGGGACUCUUGUUCGCCUGUCUCUUCCUGAUGGCCACCUUUGGGCUGAGUGUCCUGCUACUAGCCACGGUGAGGUGGCGAGGACAGACUGGACAGGGCCUAGUGCAAGUAGUCGUAUUGGGAGAUGCCGGGAGAUCACCACGCAUGCUCUACCACUGCCUCUCUCUAGUACAGCUCAGCUACACCAUCGACCUCAUCGGAUAUGGAGGUUCCCCCCUCAUCCGUGAGCUACGAGAGAGUGGGCGUCUCACCCACACAGUGCUCUGGUCACCACCCGCACUACUGGACGGUCUCCCCCGGAUCCUCCGAUAUGCUCUGAAGGCACUCUAUCAAACAAUGAGCUUGCUCUGGGCUGUGCUUAUUGCUACCAAGAAACCAAGCCAUGUCCUAGUACAGACACCCCCUGCAAUCCCUACACUGGCUGUGAUGGUGCUAGCGUGUGCUAUCAGAGGCAGUAAACUGAUUGUAGACUACCACAACUAUGGCCACACCAUUCUGGCCCUGAGUCUGGGCCGGAAACACACUCUCGUUUUACUAGCUAAAUGGUAUGAGAAACUAACGGCUGGUUUCUCCUUUGCCAACCUGUGUGUGUCAGAGGCUAUGAAGAAAGACAUGCGACGCAGCCUCGGAGUUAGGUCUAUAGUGUUGUAUGACCGACCUCCAGCUAGGUUUCAUCAGGCUACUGUAGAACAGAGGCAUCAGUUGUUUCUACGUCUGUCUGAGAGUGAGGCGGUGUUCCGUGGGGAGGGAGGGGGUACAAGGUUCACUCGAGAGGUUAAUGGGGGCGUGGCAGUCCUCCGAAGGGACCGUCCCUUCUUCCUUAUCAGCUCCACCUCAUGGACAGAGGAUGAAGACUUUGGCAUACUCUUACAGGCCUUGGAGAUAUAUGAGGGAAAAUGCUCUCAAGUGCCAGACGGAAGUUUACCACACAUCUUGUGUGUCAUCACAGGCAAGGGGCCUCUGAGGGAGCAUUACGAGCAAUGCAUUGCUAAGAAGAACUUUUCUCAUGUCACCAUCAAGACCAUCUGGCUCUCUGCAGAGGACUACCCACUUAUGUUGGGUUCUGCUGACCUUGGUGUCUGUCUGCACAAGUCCUCCUCUGGCCUUGACCUACCUAUGAAGGUGGUGGACAUGUUUGGUAGCGGCCUCCCCGUGUGUGCCAUCAACUUCAACUGUCUUCAUGAGCUACUGAGACAUCAUCACAAUGGACUGGUGUUCAAUGAUCAUCAGGAACUGGCUGAGCAAUUACAGACUCUGAGUACAGGGUUCCCCGAUCAAUGCAAUCAGUUGGUCCGUUACCGUGAGAACCUUUCAUCCUUCCAGAGCCUUCGUUGGGACCAUUACUGGAAGCUCCAUGUCCUCCCACUCAUUGCACCCCAGUCUUGACCUCUGAACCCUCUAAUGAUAUCUCCCUGAACUCAAUCUAUAAUUCACAACAAUCUGUUGUACAUUGUACAUAUAACGACGAUUAGUAUUUUUUGUUUGAUGGCUUUAUGCUAAUUUCCAUGGCUAAUUAAUUUGUUGUUCACUUAA